GAGGAUUUAGAAAACCUUAUUCGAGUAUUUACCAAAGAUUCAAAUUACAAGCCUGAUUUAUCGAGAGUUCACGAGCCCGUCAUUCCGGAGAAAUUUAUUCGCACUUCUUCUUUUAUGCAACAUCCUACAUUUAAUUCCUAUCAUUCAGAGACCGAGAUGUUGAGAUACAUUUACCACUUGCAAUCUAAAGAUCUUUCGUUGGUUCACUCGAUGAUCUCUUUAGGUAGCUGCACCAUGAAACUCAAUGCCACAACAGAAAUGAUUCCGGUUACGUGGCCAGAAUUUGCCGAAAUUCAUCCCUUUGCGCCGUCCGACCAAGUCAGGGGGUAUAAAACUUUAAUUCAGGAGCUUGAAAAUGAUCUUGCCGCGAUUACUGGAUUUGAUGGUGCCUCAUUGCAGCCCAACUCUGGAGCCCAAGGAGAAUAUACCGGACUUCGUGUUAUCGAUGCAUACCACAAAUCACGUGGAGACAAAGAUCGCGAUGUUUGUCUUAUUCCUGAUUCCGCUCAUGGUACGAAUCCAGCCUCAGCAGUGAUGGCAGGCAUGUCUGUUGUUCCAGUCGAAUGUAAAAGAGGUGAUCUCGACAUAAAGGACCUCGAGAAAAAAGCGGAAAAGUAUAAGGAUCGAUUGGCGGCUUUCAUGGUUACAUAUCCAUCGACAUACGGUGUGUUUGAGGAGGGAGUAGUUCAAGCCUGUGAAAUAAUCCACAAAUACGGCGGGCAGACUGGCGGUGAAAAGGGCAUUGGUCCUGUGUCCGCUGCGCCUUAUGGCUCUGCGAAUAUCUUACCUAUCUCCUGGGCGUACAUUAAAAUGAUGGGUGGAGAAGGACUCAAGUCUGCGACCCAAUUAGCGUUGCUGAAUGCAAAUUAUCUGGCGCGUCGGUUAUCCAACCAUUACAAGAUUUUAUACACCAACAAAAACGGCAUGUGCGCACACGAGUUCAUAAUUGACAUCGGUCCCUUUGGAGAAAGCGCAAAUAUACAAGCUAUUGAUAUCGCAAAACGUCUUCAGGACUAUGGUUUCCAUUCUCCAACGAUGUCCUGGCCGGUUGUCAAUACCCUGAUGGUAGAGCCCACCGAGUCCGAGUCGAAGGCAGAACUGGAUCGUUUCUGUGAUACAAUGAUUUCAAUUAGAAAGGAAAUUGAAUUGAUCGAAAAAGGUUUACAACCCAAAGAUGAUAAUGUGCUUAAGAAUUCGCCGCACACAAUACAAACUUUAGUUCGGGCUUCAUGGGAUAAAGCCUACACACGAGAGGAUGCCGCUUUUCCCUUGAAAUAUUUGAAGGAGAAAAAAUUCUGGCCGACUGUAGGAAGAGUUG